CAAAAGAAAAUUCACCAACCUUUCCGUGGCCAUAGAAAAUGCCAGACUUCCUCCACAAUACCACUAUUUGGGAAACCACUGCGCUCCUCUUACUUGCCAACAACCCCCGUCACAAACCCAUUCCCCCCAUAUAACCCCUCCAUCUCUCUCUCACGCCAACACCCCCCAUAUGAACCCUCUCUCUAUCUCUCUUCAUAGAUAUACAUAAAUAUAUAUAGAUACACACACAGAGAUAUAUAAAUAUAUAUAUAUAUAUAUAUAUAUAUAUUACUGGUAAAUAAUUACUUGCUGGUUAGUAUAGUUGCGAUGCGGAUGAGCUGUAAUGGAUGCCGAGUUCUACGCAAAGGUUGCAGCGAAAACUGCAUCAUCAGACCCUGUCUUCAAUGGAUCAAAUCCCCUGAAUCCCAAGCCAACGCCACCGUCUUCCUCGCCAAAUUCUACGGCCGGGCUGGCCUCCACAACCUCAUCAAAGCUGGUCCUGAGCACCUCCGUCCCGCUAUUUUUAGAUCUCUGCUUUACGAAGCUUGUGGACGGAUUGUGAAUCCAAUCUACGGAUCGGCAGGGUUACUGUGGUCGGGAAGCUGGCAUCUCUGUCACGCCGCCGUCGAAGCGGUUCUCAAUGGCGCUCCGAUCGUGCAAGUUUCUCCCGACACAGCGUUGAGCGCCAUGAGCCCGCCUCUGAAGGCGUGCGAUAUUCGACACGUGUCCAACAACGAUGAGAACUCCGCCGCUUCUUCCCGCGAUCUGCACAAGGUCAAGACUCGCGGCGGCCGGUUCAAGCGCGCCCCUCUCAAGAGGAGGCCGAAGGCGGAGCUGGGUGUGGAUGAGGUGGCUCGGGUGAUUUGGGGCUUGUCUCACAAGAACGAGGUGGAGGGAUCGGCGAGUCACGACUCGGUGGUGAGUCAGCAUGCGGGGCCUUCCAGCCACGGCGGAGAGAAUGAGAAGGGGGACUGCGUGUCGGGGGAUACGGUGGAGGCGUCGCUGGUGGAGCGAACCGAUAGAACCGUAGUCGAGCUGGCGCUGACUCUAGGGUUCGAGCCAGCUGCGAGGAAAGAAAGAGUUGGGCCAUCAGUUGAAGAGAUCAACGGUGUAGAUGAAGCCCCGUGCCAGGUUGAGCUGGAGCUGAGUUUAGCUCCGUAAACUAGGGUGCAACUUUUAACCAGUUUUGGCGGCUCACAUUGACAGAUUUAUGUAUCUGUCAUGAGGCUUUUUCUUUUCUUUUAAUUUUGUUUUUGGUGGUUUUGAAAAGAGUUUUUGUUUUCAAUUGUACAAAUUGUAAGACCUGUGGGCCUGUGUAUACAAACACAUAAAUACAGGUGCAAUAGACUUUCUCCCUCCUCAAAUAGUGUCGUCUUUCCCAAAAUUUAAAAUACAAAUAUAUACGUAGUAUAUAUAUAUAUAUGAAUAUAUAAACACAUUUUUUUUUUUUUCAAGUAAACUCAUAUGUAUAUGCAAAAACA